AUGAGUGAGCAAACUAUCAUUCCACCUCCACCUCCCAAGUUCGACAUCUCGGCAAAGGAUCUAGAACAAAAUGCGAAAGACCUAAUUGAUUACAUUCAGCAAGCGACCGCUCGUCUGAUUAACUCCUGCACAGACAACACCACUGCCGACUUCGAGACAAUCAUCUUACCGUUAGCUGGCAUCGACAAUAAGGUCAAGUCACGAAUACAAUACAUAGCUCUAUUUCAAGCCAUUUCUCCUUGUGUAGAUAUCAGGAAGGCAUCUUCCGCGGCGAUAAAUCUUGUGGACAAGGCUUACCUGAGCAUAUUUCAGAAUGACGACAUCUUUCGAUUGGUAAAUCGCGUACGAGAGCAUGCGUCGGCACAUUUAAUGGAUGAAGAGGAUACUCGGCUACUUAACAAAUUCCACUGGAUGUUUGUGGAAAACGGGAUGUAUCUGACAGGCAAGAGCCGGGAGCGCUUUACCUGGAUUUCUCGCCGCUUGAUCGAGCUUCGUGUCAAAUUCAUGGAGACCCUCGGUACAGACCCGGGCUGCCUGUGGAAGAGCAAAGAACAGCUAGUUGGUGUGCCGUUGGAUAGACUGUCGACCGGAGCAGACGAGGAUGGCCAUGAGGACUUGUAUCGAGUCCCUCUCACCAAACCAAUCACCAAUCUCAUAUUAUCCGAAUGCCGGGUCUCGGAAACUCGCAAGGACGUUUUCUUGCACAGCAGUACCCGAUAUAAAGACAACGUGGAAAUCUUCCGGGAGAUUAUCGUUUUACGUGAUGAAUCCUCUCGUCUGUUAGGAUUUCCCUCUUUCGCGGCCCGAAAGCUGUCGCAGCAAAUGCUAGCCUCGCCUGCUCGCGUGGAUGGUUUCUUGCAGCAUCUUCACGACGCUUUAAAGCCACUAGCAGACGACGAGAUGCUGGAGCUACAAGAGCUAGCUAAAACCCGCGACCCAAUUCAACUCUGGGAUUUUGACUUCUACCAUACGAGAAUGCUACAAGAGCAAAACCAUGUGGAUCACGAAUAUAUCUCACAAUGGUUUCCUGCUAAAGUGACUAUACAACGCAUGCUCGGGAUAUAUGGGAAUUUGUUCGGCUUGCAAUUUGAGAAAGUUGAAGCUUUGGAAAGCUUUCAUACUUGGCACCCGGACGUGGAUCUAUUCUCCGUCUGGGAGGAAAACAAGUCUUCUUUCAUCGGGUAUCUAUACAUCGAUGUCUUUCCUCGUGAUGGUAAAUAUAAUCAUGCCGCCAAUUUCAAUAUUUACCCUAGCUAUUUAAACACCGAAGGAAAACAGACUCCAGUGGUAACGGCUCUGGUGUGUAACGUUUCCCGGGCCGAACCAGCGCUAUUAAGACACACAGAAGUCAUUGCAAUAUUCCAUGAGCUAGGACAUGGGAUACACGACCUAGUAGGCAAAUCAAAAUACGCCAUAUUCCAUGGUCAUCGAACAGUAGCCGAUUUCACCGAAGCACCCAGUCAAUUGCUGGAAUACUGGUGCUGGGUUCCGAGUUGCCUCCAGAGACUCACUUGCCACUACUCCUACGUCUCCCAGGAGUAUCACAAGCACUGGUUAGAUGGCCAAAAAGAAAAGGAUGUAACACAACCUCCUAUGGAGAUUACCCUCGACCUGGCUGAAAACCUUGGGGCUACUAAGCAGCUUAACCAGGGCAUACUUACUCUUCGACAAGUAGCGUUCAGCAAGUUCGACAUGCAGAUACAUCAUCCGGCUUCGCAUCGCGAUGUGGAGACUUUGGAUAUUUCUGAGCUCUAUAAUUCUCUACUAGAGAAUACGACCGGACUUCGUGGGCCCGGAGAUGGUUAUGAUUGGGGUAAUGGCCAUGUCACUACCUCGCAUUAUGUCUGGGGUCAAGAGGCUAGUUAUUAUUCAUACCUGUAUACCCGUACACUAGCAGCGGACAUAUGGUCAUCGUGUUUCAAGAUGUCUCCUUUGAGUCGGGAGGCAGGCUUACGGUAUCGACGGCAGAUCUUGAAUAACGGUGGUAGUAAGGAUGAGCACAAAGCGGUGCAGAAUCUUCUGGUGAGGGUGUCCACCCCGGAGGCAUAUUUGCGGGAUAUUGGUUGCCAGCUCACCCCUCUUCCCUUAUAA